AUGCAGCGAGUACUGCUUCGCAACAUCCUUGCGCGCAAUCAAGCUCUAAAACGACAACGCCGGCAGAGUAAAGAGGCCCUUAACAAAGAAGCACACGAGGUCAGGCAGGGGAAAUUCGACGCUGCUCGAGCAGCGCGUUCGCUUGUCAAAGCCGAACGCGCACAUCGACGAGAAGAUUGGAUUCUGGGUCCUCUCGCUCCAAACCGCUUGGCAGGAAAGGAUGGUGGUGGCUACGGGAUGUUGGGCAUGCUCUCCAUACAAACACCGACUGUCAUGAAGGGAGAACGAGAAAGAUACACGAAUAUCGUUGUGAAUGAUCGAGUAGUGGUUGUGAGUGGUAGGGAGAAGGGCAAGAUCGGCAAGGUUGCCAUUGUUAAUGAGGAACGGCAAUCCGUCAUCCUGGACGAUAUCAAUGUGGUCGAUGUCAAAGUACCCCCGUUCAUGCGUGAGCAGCACAAUAGCAAGGCCCCAUAUCAAGCUUUGCCCGCCCAGAUUCCUUUUAAGGAUGUGAGAUUAGUGGUGCCAUUACGGGACAACACGACUGGCCAGAUUAGAGAUACGGUGGUAAAACAUCUAAAAAGCGGCGGACCAUUUUCUGUACCAGCGUAUGGCUCAAACACGCCAAAGCACACUCGAUACAUUGCUGGGCUCAAUAUCCCGAUACCAUGGCCAAAGGCUGAGGUGACGAAGAUGAAAGCUGAAGCGGGAGACACACUGCGGAUAGAUGUCGACGACGUGUCUUUCUUUCCCUCCCUCAAUAACAUACCGAUGCCUAUGUCUCUCAUAGACGAAUUACGGAGCAAGUAUGGCAGGCUGAGAAGAGAUCAAAGGCAGGAGUACGUUCAGCAAAAGAUGAAAAAAGAUGCCGAAGAGCAUUGGGAGAAGCAAAGGAGAAUGUUAUUACCACGGCAGGAGUACUUGGAGCAGAAGCUUAAGCAGAAGGCACCCGGGGAGACAGCAGUGACACAGGAGACCAUGGACCUGAUCAAGGCCACGCAAGCAGCAAAUCUGGUCAAUGCCAGUGAAAGGACCAAUGGCUUAGUGUCUUGA